AUGGAGCUGAUCCGCCGCUGUAAGGUAGAGCAGAUCUUCGCCAACCUCCACGCCGAGCACUACAACAGUGCGGCAUCGAUGCGGCAUGUGUACCUUCGCCUGAAGGAGGACAUGGACAUCCUCUGCCUUGAUCGGUGCCCUCCCACCGCUCUGCCUCGCCACGCGCCCUCCACUGCACUCUCAGUCGCUCUUUCUCGCCUCCUUUCUUACCUCGCCGCCGCCGCGCCGCCGGGGAAGUUUGGGCUACCGCGGCGUCCGCGCGCGCCCUCCGGCUCCUUCUCCGCCAAGAUCCGGCCUGAUGAGAUGCGCCUCGGCCUCGGCACAAUUGACACCAUCCACGAGCCCUCCCGCGCGUACGACGUGGCGGCGUGGCGCCUCCGGCAGCCUCGUAGGGAGAUGAACAUCCCUGAGGUGGCGACGCGGGAGCGGGCGUAG